AAGAAAACCCUAAACGGCCCUAGUAUAUAUAGGAUACCGCACUAGGGUUUUGUUUCCUCUGCCGUUAGCAAAGGUAAACCAGACGAGACCUUCAACACAUCGGCACAAAUGGCUCCAAAGAGAGGUGGAAAGGCACCAGUGCCAGCAGCAGCAUCGAAGAAGAAGACGGAGAAGGUGUUGAACCCAUUGUUCGAGAAGCGCCCUAAGCAGUUUGGGAUCGGUGGGGCUUUGCCACCGAAGAGAGAUCUGACCCGAUUCGUCAAAUGGCCUAAGACUGUUCAGCUUCAGAGGAAGAAGAGGAUCCUCAAGCAGAGGCUCAAGGUCCCACCAGCUCUCAACCAGUUCACCAAAACCCUCGAUAAGAACCUUGCAACAAACCUGUUCAAGAUGCUACUUAAGUACAGGCCUGAGGACAAGGCUGCAAAGAGAGAGCGUCUCUUGAAAAGGGCUCAGGCUGAAUCUGAAGGCAAAACUGUUGAAGCAAAGAAGCCUAUUGUUGUGAAGUAUGGUCUCAACCAUGUCACAUACCUCAUCGAGCAGAACAAGGCUCAACUGGUUGUUAUUGCACAUGAUGUGGACCCAAUCGAGUUGGUUGUCUGGCUUCCCGCAUUGUGCAGGAAGAUGGAAAUCCCAUACUGCAUUGUGAAAGGAAAAGCCCGCUUGGGAUCGAUUGUCCACAAGAAAACUGCAUCAGUUUUGUGCUUGACAACAGUCAAGAAUGAAGAUAAGUUGGAGUUCAGCAAGAUCUUAGAGGCUAUCAAGGCCAACUUCAAUGACAAGUACGAUGAGUACAGGAAAAAGUGGGGUGGUGGAAUCAUGGGUUCCAAAUCCCAGGCCAAAACCAAGGCCAAAGAGAGACUUCUUGCCAAGGAAGCUGCUCAGAGGAUGACUUAGGAGCAAUGAUUAUGUGUUUCUUCUUGUUACUUAGAUAUGAUUGUCUGAGCUGUUUUUAUCUAGAAUUUUGUUUGUUCAAGGUUAUUUGCAUUAACUACAUAAGUUUUGUUUCUUUAGAGGCAGCUUAUAUAAAUUAAGGAACAGCUAAUGUUGGAGUUUAAGCUGCCUUGCAUACAUAGCUUUCGGGUGAGACUAUCAUGAUUCCUUCUUUUUGGUAUAAGAAGCAACUUGACCCCCCAUUAUGCAAUUUUCACUCUCUAAUGAUAAGAUCCCCAAGCCUAAA